AUGCAUACUUGUUCACCUGGAAAGGCACCAAUAGUGAAAGGUGAUAAAUUCUCAAAGGGCCAAUGUCCACAAAAUGAUAAAGAGAGAGCUAAAAUGAAAGUGGUUCCUUAUGCGUCAGUUGUGGGUAGCAUGAUGUACGCUCAAGUAUGCACACACCCUGAUAUCGCUUUUGUCGUUGGCGUGUUGGGUAGAUACUUGAGUGAUCCUGGACUUAGCCAUUGGAAAGCAGCUAAGAAGGUCAUGCGGUAUCUUCAGGGUACCAAGGAUCAUAUGUUGACUUAUCGGCGAGCUGACACUCUUGAUAUAGUUGGGUUUAGUGACGCUGAUUAUGCAGGAUGCGUGGAUGAUAAGAAAUCCACAUCAGGCUACAUUUUCAUAAUGGCUGGAGGAGCUGUUUUGUGGAAAAGUGUCAAACAGACACUCACAGCAUCCUCAACAAUGGAGGCAGAGUAUAUGGCGUGUUAUGAGGCUACUUGUCAGGCAAUAUGGCUGCGGAACUUCAUUUCAGCAUUGGGUGUUAUGGACUCUAUCUCGAGGCCGCUGAAAUUGUACUAUGAUAACUCCGCAGCAGUAGCUUUCUCUAGAAAUGUUAGAAGUACUUCCCGUUCUAAACACAUUGACAUAAAGUACUAUUUUGUUAAAGAGAAAGUUACAGAGUCUCUUAUUUCCAUUGAAUACAUGCCUAGCACUGGCAUGUUAGCAGACCCACUAACGAAAGGCUUACCCAUAUGUGUAUUUUUGGAGCAUGUUGCUCAAAUGGGAUUGUUAGAAGCCUAG